AUGACCUUCCAAGACCUCCCGCCGGAAAUCCAGAUCCUAGUGGCACGGGAGCUGGACCGCGCGGACAAGGUGAACUUGGUCUACACAUGCCGAUACUUCUACGAGCUGGUUAUCCCCCAGCUUUAUGAAGCUCUUCCUGAUGCGACGCGAUAUUCCAAACGUCUGGUGGAUAGUCUUGUGCGAAAUCCGGCACUGAGGAAUUAUCCCCAUGAAGAGAAGGGGGAUGACGGUGACAGCAGCGACGCCAACGGCGAUAUAAAAGACGUAGGUACAGACAAAGCUAAGGGAGACGAUGAUCCAGCUACCUGGUUAUACAACGUGCCGCUGCAGACCCAGUACGCCAAAGAAAUAUGCAUCUCAGAGAGAGACGGCAACACCCUCUCUUGUGCAAUAUGGAAGAACGAGGACGGCGCACAUGCCUUGUUCCUCACGCUCGUUCCCAGUCUCGUGCGGCUCGACUUACAGUUCCCCAAGCACGGCCGCUUAACCGAUAUGGUCAUCAAUUGGGCUAGGCAAGGGAGAUUCGCGGCGCCCGUUCUCCAAAACUUACAAGAGGUCUUUGUAUCGUCUGAAUGGUGCAAGUUCCAGAAGGAAGGUGCGGACGAGAUCAUCACGGACUGGGCACUGACAUUCCUAUGGUUACCGUCGCUUCGGCGGUUCAAGACUGACGCGUUCCGGGACGUGGUUUAUGAGUGUUGUAUGCCCGACCGUCGAUCCUCAGUAACUCACAUUGAGAUCAGCAAGUGUCCGGGCUUCAAGGAUGUUAAGGGCUUCAUGCAGCUUUUCCGAAUCUCCAGUCGUACAGGCACAGCUAUGUGA